UGUGUAGGGCGCAAGGAUUCACGCACAUCUCAAAAAACCGGAAAAAAAACGGUUUGAGAAUCAAAUUGUGGAGAACGGUGUUUAUGGGAUUCGGGAUGUUUUUGUUCAUGACAAUUUCCAAUCCGUCAAAACUACCUCAAAUGAGAAACUUUUGGGUUUUUACGUAAAAACACAAGUCAAAACAUUGAAUGGAAGUGAUUUUCCACGUUUCAUGUUUGAUUUGAAAUCUUUUGCGACAAUUCAAAACCAACCGAUUUUGAACGAUCAAGUCUUGAUUGAUGUGAUUGGGAAAAUUGUUGGCCGGUCAAAAGUUCAAACACACAUAAGAAUGGGCGAAGAACAAAAGUUGAUGGAAAUAACACUAGAAGAUCAUGAGGGUAAUCGUUUGGGAUGUACCCUAUGGGGAGAAUAUGUGGAAAGAUUUUUGGGUUGUUUGACCCAAAAUGUGCAGGAACCCAUGAUUCUACUCUUGAGUUUUUGCAAACCAAAACGCUACAUGGGUACUGUGACGGUUUCAACUUCAUUCCACGUAACAAAUAUGAUUUUUGAUGGCAAUUCCGCUGAGGUCAAUGCAUUUAGAGCAAGGUUACCAUUGCAUGUUGAUGAUGGGGGUCCAGUGGGUGGUCUCAUGCUAGUUGGGGUAGAUGAUGAUGAUCACGGGGUUAUGUCUAUAACCACAAUUAGAAAUCUAUUGGAGACAACUAAGAGAAACAUGGAUCCGAAUUUGCUCCCAACCGAAUUGAAUCGCUUCCUUGGACAGAAGUGUUUGUUUAACGUUCUCUUGAAACCAGAUGUCGGUAGUCCACACUGGACAGGGCCAAGGGCUUUUGGUGUUAGAUCUUUGGUCACUGACACGAAGAUCUUGAAAAACUAUGAACAUGUUGCAUUUGUGGAGGACAAGGAAUCCGAGGAAGAAAGUGAAGGUUGGUGGAAUUCACUAGAAGAUUUGAGCCAAGAAGUGAAUGAAGUGAUUGGUACAAGUGAACCGAGUUCAAGCCAGAGCGUGAACACAAGGCCAAGAAAGAUUGAUGAUGUCGAUGAGAAUGACUCCGUGAGAAGAGAAUUAUUUGAUGAACUGGACGGGCAAUCAUCAAAGAAGAAAGCCAAAAUGAUUCACGAGGAUGUGUGAAUGUUUAAGGACGGCUAUGUAACCCCAUUUUGGACAACCCUUUUUGUCUUUUGCUUAAUGUUGUCUUUAUGUUUUUUGGGGUUAUGAAAGUGUUUGUUAUUUGGUGGUUGUUUUCUUAUCUUAGACAUUCUCCUUAAGUAUUUUGUAUGUUGAACUCUAAAGUUAGAAGUGUUUUUAUAACACUUUAACUAUUAACAAAGCUAUUUGAAAUGCUAUCAUUUGGGUCAUAAGAAAAUGAAAAGUUUGCAUUCCU